UACACUCGUACUUAAGAUAAGAUGCAUCUGUUUUACAAAGACAUUCGUAACUCUCAACAAUUUUCUUAAGAUAUGGAAAGAUCGUAAGUUACGAUAUCGGAAAUCUUUUCUAUUGGAGGUACAAACUUUCUUAGUUACGAAUGCUGCGCAAGCGCAUAAACUAGUUUCGCUUUUACUUUCGCGUUAUACAAAAACAAUAUCGUCUGCGGAUAGCAAUAAUGGACGGGAGGGCUGUUGACGUCGUGGUGAAGAAGAGAAAGCCAAAUUGGUCGGAGAGGGAGCUGAUCGUACUAUCAGAGGCGGUACUUCCGCGCUAUCGGAUGCUCAAGGCCGAGUUUUCCCCUUCAAUCAUAUCCGAGAAGAAAUCGGAGCUGUGGAAGGUGAUAACGGAUGAGGUCAAUGCAGAAUCAUUUAUCAACAGAACGGUGGAAAAAGUAAAGAAAAAGUGGGCAGAUAUGCAAAGCUUGACCAAGAAGAAGGAGUCUGAGAGAAGGCGGGCAAUGAAACUGACUGGUGGAGGCCCCCCUUCUGGGAUCUACUUUAAGGAAUGGGAGAAUCUGGUGUUGCAGUCACUUUCAGAUGUGGCCAUAGAGGGGAUAGACAGUGGAGUUGACACUGCAGACUGUUCAAUGAAAACAUCACUACCAACUGGUCUGAUAAUUACAGAGAUACCAGGCUGUGACGUACGUCAGUCUGCCUUGACACCGGAUGAGCUCAAUUCCACACCAAUAGGAAGUGGAACCUGUAUAGACCUGUCAGUGGAUGUUGCAAAAGGAAAUGAAUGUAGACCUAGGGUGAACAAGAAAAGCACAAAGGAACAGAAACAUGGAGAGUACAGCCCUGAAAUCCAAUACUUGUCCAUGGAGAAGGAGAAAAUGGAGAAGCUGGAAACAUACCGGAAGAGAAAGCUGGAAAUCAUGGAGGAAAUGCUGAAACUACAACAACAAAGUACAGCAGCUCUAGAGAGAAUCUCCGAGUCAUUGCAGCCUGGUGGAAGAUCACCACCUUUUUCAUUGUCUCCUGUAAUUAAGUUCUGA